UGUAAUUUAGUUGCUGGUGUUUUUUUUCCAGCCACCAGGGCAACACUCCGGCUCACGGAGAAGAUGGUGGCGGCCGGAGCAGAUGCAGUCCUGGUGGUAAACCCUUGCUUCUACAAGGGCAAGAUGGACAGCAGCGCUCUAAUUCAUCAUUUCUCAAAGGUGGCAGACAGCAGCCCAGUGCCAGUGGUUCUGUACAGCGUGCCGGCCAACACGGGCUUAGAACUGCCUUUGGACGCCGUGGUGGAGCUCGCUCAGCAUCCAAACAUCCUGGGCCUCAAAGACAGUGGAGGAGAUAUUACACGGAUCGGCCUGAUUGUUCACAGAACCAAGGCUCAGGAUUUCCAGGUCUUAGCGGGCUCAGCGGGGUUUCUGAUGGCUGCCUAUUGUGUUGGUGCUGUUGGUGGAGUGUGCGCCUUGGCCAACGUGCUGGGACAGGAGCUGUGUGAACUGGAGCGUCUGUGUCAGUCUGGGCAUUGGGGGGCAGCCAAAGUCCUGCAGCAGCGGCUCAUCGAACCCAACGCAGCUGUGACCAGGAAAUUGGGAGUUCCCGCCCUGAAGCAGGCGAUGGAGUGGUUUGGUUACCACGGCGGCGCCUGCCGUUCUCCUCUACGGCCGCUCACAGAGGCAGAGACCCAGCAGCUGAGACGGGAUUUCUCCACCAACGGAUGGCUGUGAAAGCGGAGCAUGUAUUCAACCUGUAGGAAUCUUAAACAGCAAUAAUAAAAUCAAUUUACUCUUUGAUGAUA